CAUCGGAGGUGCGCUGUUAGUCCUUCCGGUCACCGGGGGCGCGCUGCUACUCCUCCCGGCGACAGGUUGAUCGUUGGGCGGCCGCACGAACCGCUGGAGCCGGGCGGCCUGAGGCCCCCCCUCCUCUUCCCUUGAGUAAAACCGCCGCCUGUGGUUGUUCCUCACUCAGCGCCGUUUGUUAUGGACAUCCCGCCUAUACACAGGUGCCUGCAACUUUGUGCUGAAAAUGAGCAUGUACAAAGAAAGUUGAAGAAACUUCGGCUGAAGAAUGAACAGUUGGAGAGUGAGCUUUCAGAUAUCCACGGAAAACUACGAAUGCAACAGCUGAUGAGGGAUUUUGUAACUACCAGAGAUGCUCAAAUACAGACAGAGCCUCAACCGUGGCAUAGAGCAGGUGUUAAAGAGGGCAAUGUUUCAAAGGCAGAUGAAAGGAGCAAUCGACUGCUACAGAUGUACAGUGCCCUACAGAAACGUUUUGAAAAAGAAAUCAAAACCACCAAGGAACAGAAUGAAACCAUCUCUAAACUCACUGAAGAAGAUGCUACCCAGACCGAGGCCAGCAUUCAUGAGUUAGAAUUACAGCUUGUGACAUCAAAGCAAAGGAUUCAGCAACUGGAACAUGAACACACACCCACACGGAGGAGGCGAAGGAAUCUGACAUCAAACCUGGGCUCUGCAUCUCACAAACCUAGGCCUGCUGGCAGGAAGGGUUGCUCACCUGACUGCAUUCACAUUGAGUUGUUGUUUGAGAUAGAAAGGCUACAAAAGGAAAAGGACAAACUCACAAAGGAGAGAAGAAGUUUGAAAAAUGAGCUGGCUGGACUCGACAAGGGUUUCUUUGAAGAAAUUGAAGAUUUAAAGUAUGCUCUGCAAGAAUCUGCUAAACUGAAUAAAGAGUAUGAAAAGUGUCUACGAAAAAUAUGUGAAAAAUAUGGACUUCCAUUUCCACAAGCAUUACGUCCAGUGGCCGAGAAAUGAAAAGAAAAAUGAAUUCACAGUGAAUGAAAUCAACCCUUUUUAUGUAUAAGAAUAAUCAUAUUUUUAGAAUUUUUCAUUUUUUAAAAUCAAGGGCUUGAUGUUGCUGCUCUGUCGUGCUGUCGUUUUCAGCGCAAUUCGCCCAAUAUCAAGAUGCAAAAGAUCGUGAAAUUUUAAGCACAAACCAUGGUCAGAAAUCUGGCCAUGCCCCUGCAUAAGUUAAUCACCAAUGGGAGUUUCCGCUAAUUGCGCUCGUUCACAGGCCUUUGAGGAGGCUCUAAAAUCUAAGGUGGAUCUUUGAGGCACAAUCAUACUAAUAAGCGUAUUUUGAAAGGCUUAGAAUAUUUUGUUUUAAUUUACUAAGGAAUUGACCACCCCGAUCUAACUAGAAAACAGUUUUGUUUAUUUUUUAAAACUACUUCCCCAAGAUUGGACUACCCACAGGUGAUGGAUUGUCACUGAUUUAAAUAUUUAUUUUUUGUGAUAAGCCAAUUUUCAGCUGAACUAAUCAAACUUUACCAAGUUACCAAUCUUAAAGUACAUCAAAGGAUUUUAAAAAAAACAUUUUAAAACUCUGCCCAAGUGCACUGGCUUGUGGCAGAUUUUGCACCGUGAUGUGCAAAUUAAUUUGAGAAGAAACUGGGCACAAUUUACACUGGAAUCGCCAUUCUCUCCCAAAGUGGAGACUACGCCAUGGUAUUUAAGGAGGCGGUCAAUGUUGGUACGUGAGCAUGCUAAGUAGCAUGGUGGCAGUAAGACUAUUUACACCAAUGGAAAGCUACUUAUAUAGGCUGGGCUGCAAGUGGGCACCAAGUGAAAACUAAAUCUUUUUCCACAUUGGAGGGAGGAAACACUGAUGGACGAUUCAUCCACUUGGUGGUCAAGUACUUCCUUGAAAUGUUGGUAGAGGCCUGUGACUAACUACUUUUCCACCCUCUUGCAGGAAAGUAUGUGGAGAAACCAAACAAAGCAGACAGAGUCAUCCAGUGAGUUGGGAGGUGGGCAGGACAAACAACAAACAGGGUCUAUUUUACAACAAACAACAUUUAUUUAUUUAGCAAAGUUUAUUUAAAGAGUCUUUACAAACUACAGCAAACAGACCUGAUGAAAAUUCUUCAGCAGUAUCGCCCGGUAAAAGGAUUAUUUCUCCAGCAAAAUGCAGUGAGUGGAGGAUAGUUACGUAAUACGACUGACGUGCAUAAAAUCAAUUCCAGUCGUUUAUACAGAGGUCUCCAGGAGUGAUUGACAAGAGAAUUACCCAAUCAUCUCAACUCUGGGUGUGACUUGUGAUCUCACUAUGUGCAGUCUAAAACAAAUGUUGGAAGAACUUUGUGUUUUUCUAAUAAAAUAUUU